AUGACUCGCUUGAGGGUAGCCUUUCUUGGGCCAUUGGCGUCGUUUUCGCAUCAGGCCACUGCGGAAUCCUUUGGCAAGAUCUCGGCAGAUCUGCUGCCUCAUGCUUCUUUUGCAGAGGCUUUUGCCGCUCUUCAGCAGAAGACCGUCGACUACGCCGUGAUUCCGUGCGAGAAUUCCACCAAUGGAUCUGUGGUGCAGACGCUAGAUCUCUUGGCAGAUCGGGAUGAUUCAUAUAAAGAUGUGAAGGUGUGUGGGGAAUAUUACCUCACAGUCCACCAUUGUCUCCUCGCACGCAAAGGCACAUAUCCCGGCGGCUGGGCCGGCUACGAUGGCUCAAUCACCAAGCUAUAUACACACCCGCAGGCCUGGGGUCAGUGUGAGACUUUCCUCUCUCGGUAUUUCAAGGGCGUCGAGAGGCAAGAUGUUUCAUCCACGUCCAAGGGUGCUGAGAUUGUUUCCAAGGAGACCGAGGAGAAGGGCGGUGCCAUUGCCAGUCGCUUUGCAGCAGAGCACCAUGGAGUGGACAUACUCCAGGAAAACAUCGAGGACCGUGCCGACAACACCACUCGCUUCCUUAUCUUGAGAAAUGUCUUUUCUGAGCGCACAGCUCAGCUGGAAUUUGAGCAACCGAACCCACCCACACUAGACCAGAAGCCUGCUCUUGACACCACGCACAAGACCUUGAUCUCUUUCACCAUUGAUCAUACGUCGGCCGGUGCAUUGGCGAAUGCUUUGAUCAUCUUCAAGAGCCAUGGUCUGAACCUCACAAGUAUCAACACAAGGCCAAGUCUAAAGAAACCGUGGCAAUACAUCUUCUUUGUUGAGUGCGGAAGAACUCCUUCAGAUGAGAACAAGGACGCUGUCCACAAGGCUCUCAAUGACCUCCGACAAGUCACAGAAACAUGCAAGGACCUAGGCACUUGGAAGGAUCAACUGAGCGGGAGCAAUUUUUGA